AUGGAACUGCGGGAGGAGGAGGCGCAGAAGAAAGCGAAGUCCGUGCUUGGUGGCGUGAUACAGCGUGUCUCCCGCAUCCUGAACGAACGCCUGGGACGGGCAACAAAGGAAGAAGCGGCAGUGUCAGACCUCGAUGAGUUUGAUCCAGACGACCCUGACCUCCUUCUGCGACCCUCGGACAACAUACUGAGCCGACGAGACUCGAGGUGUAUCAUCAUGGAUGCUUUCGAGCUGGGGCGAGAAUUUCCAGAAGUCGAGAUUGACCCAAGGCUUGUUUUCGACAACCCAACUAUUGAGCAGCUCUCUCAAGCAAUUGUGGAUCUGCCAACGGCGCAGAGGACGAAGAGCCUUGCGAGUCAGAGCACUGCGCAUCCAAAUUCCAGCCAUGAGAUGGCUCCCUUCACUCAGUUGACCGCGGGUGGAGACAUGCCUGUGAUGUCUGCCCCUUAUAGGGUGACUGACACGGCUGGCAUGCGCUUCUCACGCAUGACCGAUGGCAUGGAGUGCAUUCGGAUUCCAGAGAAUACCGCCCGAAUUGGGGAUGACUCCAUGCAGAGUGGGAACGACAACGAGGGUCCGAGUCAUGAAGUGCGGCUGAGUGGCUUCUUGAUGGACAUUGAGCCAGUCAGCAUGGGUGCUUACGCACGCUUCCUCAACAUCGUGCAGCCGACGCAGGACGAGCUGUUUGACUGGUGCCUUUUACCCGCCGAAGAUGCAAGGUGCUGCCAUAUCCCUCUCACACUCGGUGAGACUGGCUGGCAGGUAAAGCCUGGAGUACCCCCAAACUGGCCAAUGAUCCUCGUGUCUUGGUACGGGGCCAAUGCUUACUCCCUCUGGGCACAUGGCCACGACUGGCGAAGCUACAGGGGUGCGCAGCAGAGCUUUUUGCCGACAGAAGCCCAGUGGGAGUAUGCCGCCCGUGGUGUUGAGUCGGUACAGUACCCGUGGGGCAACGACACAGCCACGGCUGAGUUAUUGAAUGUUUGCUGGGAUACGAGUACCUAUGACAGCAAAGGGAACGUCGCAGCCCAUGUGGCAACACCCCUUGAGGAGUUGCCCCUUGUCGGCGUGAAUGUGCAGUUGGGGGUGUCACCGUUUGGCCUUCGAGGUAUGGCAGGUAACGUGUGGCAGUGGUGCCGCGAUACCUACCACAGCAACUUCUAUCUUGCCACAGAUGCAACAUUGCCAGAUGCCUGGAAUUCCGAAGAGGGCGCUUUGAAGAGCGAGCGGGGAGGCUCGCCCGGAGCAGCUAUCGAAGGGGCAGACACCCAGAGGCCAAGGGCCGCUGCUUGGGCUUCCGCUGCACCGCGCCAACCUCCCUCCUCGGAGACUGAGGCUGAGGCUGUGCAGGUCUAUGGAAGCAAGGAGGCCUUUCAGCGAGAGCGCGUCAUCGGCCAGUUGGAGCUGGAUCGGAUACUGACACCUUCUAUUCGGGACGCUUACGAGACCUUGCCUUUGACAACGGAGCCACUGACUGACACAGAGCCUCCGCCACCUCCAGGCUGGGCAAGCACUCUCAAAUCUGUGCAGAGCUUGGCAGCUCAGGAGGAUGUGCAGUCCGUCCGGCGCGACCGAGACCAGAAGGAGCCGAAAGACUUCUUGCCUCCUGGUGCGGACUCCUCAAAACUGGACCUGCUGAAUUCAUUGGGUGGGCGCCACAUGGCGCCAAUGCCCGCUGGAUUCGACAUAAUCGAGGAUGGCUUCUAUGUCUCCGUCUUCCACGCGACUCCCCGGUGCUGCAGUGUGCCUCAGCUUGGCAAGAAAAGUUGCUUGGGCUUUCCAGUGACUUCCAGCAUCUGUGACCGCCUAGGUGCUGCGAAUGUCAUCGACGAGACGCUGCAGAUGGAGGGGGCAGAUAUGUGCAGAGACCGCUUGCUUGAGGAGGAGGGCAGCGAGCGCCUGAUGAAAGUCCUUGGUGCCUUCUGGCCAGGUGAGCCAUAUGCGUUGCAGCUGUCCAUUGGCACGUGCUCUGGUGUUGGAGUGGGCCCCCGGAAGCAACAUCGCAUGCGUGUGACGUGGCUCGCGCUGGCCUUGAAUCUACUCAUGCGAACGAGCGAAAGCCGCAUGAAGCUGCGCGAAAUGUUUCACCGCUACGGUGGGCUUGAGGCAUUGGCUGCCGAAAUCUGGUGUGCCCCGGAAUGGUCCGCUUCUGUUUCUAAGCCCUCUGAGACCUCCGCGCCGAUGCCCAAGAUCCCGGAGACGCCCAGCCCAGAAGACAACUACGACUUUGCGGCCGGCCUGCUCGGCCUUCUGACGUUCCGUCAAGGUGGAGUGCUCGAGUUUACCGCGCCGUUGGGUCAUGGCCUGAGCCGGCUGGAGGAGAGCACCAACUUCUCGGUGGAUGCCGAGCCUUGGCAACAAGAGCCACUGGAUGCCUACGGUGACCUGGCCCUGGGCUCAUGUGUUGGGUCCCAGUUCCCACUGGCCAAUUUACCAUUGACCUGCUUUUUGCACCGGUGGCUGAUCAUGCAGAACCACGAGUUCUCAUCCAUUGCGAAAGAUUUGCCUGGAUUCCGACAUACCUUUUGCAAAAGUGUUUGUUCUUCACUGGGUUUGCCAGCAAGUGGCAAUUGCGUGGAGGUCGUGAAUGUCACAAAUGGCAGCGCGACUGUAAUCAUCGCAGAGUCGGAAGCUCGCAGCCAUUCGCGGCCAGAAGCUACGAGCCUGGCGGCCUAUCGUGUUGCGCGUCGCCCAGGUGACAGUGAGCUCCUGGGCGUUGAGGAAUCCCAAGGCCGGUUUCUCAUAAGGUCAGCCGCUUACUCCUCGACUCUUUCGGCUGAGCAGCUGCAGCUCUGGCUGGCUCUUCCUGGACUGCCCAGCUUGCAUCUGGAGCCUGUGGCCGAGAUCCUGGAGUCCACGGGAGAAGGUGGGAAUUAUGGAGAUAUCGUCCGAGUGCACAUGGCUCUUGACGACGUACCUCUUCCAAGCGUCAUCGCUAAGCAGAUUCGGCCCAAAGCAAUCCAGGAGGUUGGCUCGGACCUGCUGAAGCUCACCGAGCAUGAUCGCUUCAUCGAGGGAUUCCAUGUUGAGGCAGCUGCUUACAAGAACCUCUCCAAGGAGCUUAACGCGGCCAAGCUUACAGCUCCCCGACUGCUGCAUGCCGAAGAAGUUGAGAUUGGCGAGCCCUUCAUUCUGCUCUUGGAGGACCUCUCGCCACGCUUCCCGCGGGGCGCCGACGCAGAGGUCCGUCGCUUUCUCCCCGGCGAGACGGCUGCGGCAUUGAGGUGGCUGGCCGGUUUCCACGCACACUUCUGGGAGACUCCGUUCGCAGAGGAGCGCGGGCUUUGGGGGCGAGGUAGCUACUGGAUCUUCGACAAGCUCGGUCGGUUGCAACUCGACGCCCUGCCUGCUGACUUUAGCAAUCGCUACCUCACACUUCAGGAAACCCAGCGGCUCCGUCGAGCGGCGCCUGCGGUAGAUGAACGCCUGGCCGGGCACCUUCUUGUGGCCGGCAAAGAUCCACACGACCCUGGCAAGACCAACUCGCGCUUCCGCACUUUGGUGCACGGCGACGCCAAGCCAGAGAACAUGCUUUGCAGCAAGGGCGUGAAUCCCGCUUGUGCAGCUUUGGACUUUGGUUGGAUUGGAGAAGGCUAUGGCGCAUCGGACGUUGCAUAUUUGCUUUGGGAUCAGAUGGCGACAAAUGUGGUCGAGGACUUGCUCUCCCUGUACUACGAGAUGUUGGUGGAGCAGCUGCCAUCCACCGCCAGGGCCGACUACUCCCGUGCGAUCCUGAAGCAGCACUUUGACUUGGCUGUAGUGGACUUUAUGCGCUGGGAGCUGGGUUUCAAAGGCGGGGCCCACUUCUGGGCCAUGCCCUGGGCAAUCCAGACUCUUCGCGAUGUCCUCGAGCGCCUGGAUGGGGGCACGCUGCGUUCGCCGGCGCACUACGCGAUGGCAGUUUCUCGCGAGUAUCCGAUAUGA